AUGACAAAACCAGAAAAUCCUGAAGAAUUUCGUAAUCGAGUUAAACGAUUACUUGAAGCUUUUGUAUAUGAUCAUUUGAAAAAAACUGGGUGUACUGAUACCGCUAAAACUUAUUUCGAAGAAAUUGGUCUUGACGAUUGGCCUCCUGAAUGGUUAAAUUUGAACAUGGGCACGAAUGUCGGAGAUGUUAUCGAAACACAGGAAAGUUCAAUGGAUCAUGAAAGCGUUGAAAGGAGUAAAGACAAAGGAAAGCGCGCUAAUGAUGAGAAUGAAAUCGAGGAACAUGAACAUACAGAGCUUGCAGAAGAUGGUACACUCAAAGUCGAUGAGUCUCCUAAUAUACCAUUACCUUUGGACGUUCCAGACGGAUUCCUCAACGAAUGGUGGUUAACCUUCUGGAAUUCUUAUAAUGAUUUGCGUGAACGUGAUUCGAGCAUUCUUCAUGGCAGCAAUUCUUUUGAUUAA